GCGGCUGCUGAGCUCGGCGGCCUCCUGAGAGCCUGGCCCGAGGGUUCAAGGUCAGGGAGGCGGCGAUCCAGGCAGCGAAGAGUGGGGCGCCUUGCCCCACCGCCCCGCGGCGCUUUCCAGCCCCGAGCGCCGGCUCCUCGACUCGGCUCGUCCCUUAGGCCGCGUACGCACCAGGCUGAGCGCUUUCUCCGAGGCCGCUGACGCUCCAAGGCUUUUCCGCAGGGAUAGCGACCGUCCCGGGUCCCCUGUGAAUGAAGGGGGAAAAGAGAACAGAAAACGUGCGAGGCUGCAUGUUGACGAAGUGCAUUUAUUUAUUCGUGCAGCAGCAGGUGUGGACUGGCCGGCGGCACCGUCCUGGCCGUUAGAGAAACGACAGUGAACAAGGUAGAUGCAUCUACUUGGCCUUUGGAGCUUUCCCAUGAACAGGGGAGACCGAAAAACACAGAGUGCGCAGAUUCGGAUGGAGCAUCUAAGGAACCCAAGCAGAAUAACGGCAUCGGGUUUGACUGGGGACGUGGUUUCACUGAAGAAACGCCCUAGAGAUUUGCCGCAUUUCUAAGACUAAUAUUUACCAUUUGGAAUUGUCAAACUUCCUAGAAGAUAUAUUUGGCAUUCAAAAUGAGAGAUGUCUUUGAAGUUUUAGAACAAUUAUAUAAGAAGGUACUUCUUGGAGCCACACUUGAAAACGACAACCAGGAUUAUGUCUUCUGUCUCAGCCCCGCGUUUUCAGAUGGAGCUGGGUCUCCCGUCACAUCCUCCAAGUGCACCAGCACCCUCGGUGCCCAGGGCAAACGCCAGCCAUCACCUGUCAGUUUGUCCAUUUCUGUUGCUCCUGUGUGUUUGAAGAGUGAUGCCCGAGACAUCACCCUCCUUCAGUUAACAGUGAUCAAAGUGAUGCUCACCAGAGUACUGUCUGCUGAGACCGAGUUCCCUGCCAAGGAGAAAUACAGAGAGAUCAUUCAAGUUCUUUUACUGUCAUCUGACUUUGAGUCUAAAUUAAUGUGUAUGUUCCAAAACGCAGAUAAAUUGUUAUCUCACAUGGCUGCAAAAUGCCUCGCGUCACUUCAGUAUUUCCAGUUGAGAGACAAGAUAACAUUAAGUAAUUCUUGGAUUGCUUUUUGCCAAAAAAAUCUUUCUGAAUACUCUGAUAAGGUAGUGUACUGCCUCUGGACCCUUACUGCUGUGAUGAAAGAAAUCUAUAAAGACACAUGUUCACAAAAAACAGAGAUUCUAAAGCAGUUCCUGACUCUCUUUGACACUAUUUUUGAAGUCUUUUACAAUUCCUUAUUUUCUCAGCAUUUUGAAAACCCCCAAGAAACUUAUAAAAUAGUCAACAGCUUGAUCUGUUUUCUGGAAUUGCUUGAGCUCCUUAUAGCCUCCAGAAUCCACCUGGACCUACACUUCACCUGCCAGAGGAUUUUAUUUUUGAAACCUGCCUGUGUGCUGGACGUUGUGACCUGGCCAGUGGAGGCUUUCGUGAAAAGGAGAGUCAUCGUGUUCCUUAAGAAGUGCCUUCUCUGGACAGCGGGGGAAGAUCUCUUUCGGGGAGCCGCCCCUGCCGUAGCACCACCCAGUCGCCAUUUGGAUGUGGACACGCUGGCGCUAGCGGAUGCUGUUUUGCAAGCUGUGGAUUUGGGCUUAUUGAGGACGUUGUCUGUCCACAGAAAGCCUGCUUGCUUCGGAGGCGAAGUUCAGCCUGGACGCGAGCAGGGCCCUGGUCCGGACCACGUGACCCUUAGAGCCGCGAGCUUGCUCAUCAUUAAAUCCUUGGAAAUCAAGUUUCAGAAUUGUGCUUCAGCAAAGGAAAUGAAAGUUCAUUUACAGAGGUUCAUGUCUGAGUUACUGACCUUCUUAAAGCCUCACCUUGAGCCCUCCGGGCCGUUACACAAUCCGUGUGAGUGGUUGUCCAGGGUCUUCAUAGAGCAGGACGAUGACAUGCUGGAGGCGGCCAAAGCGUCAAUGGGCGUCUACCUAAAGUUGGCCAGAGAAUAUGAAGCUGCUGAAAGCUUGACCCAAGAGACAGAAGUGUGGAACCAUCACACACAUGAAAAUGGCUAUAACCCACACUGUAUUUUUUUAUUCUUUUUAAAAAAUGUAGGAUUUGAUUCUACAGUUCUUCUUGACUUCUUGAUUUCCUCAGAAACCUGUUUUCUUGAAUAUUUUGUCAGAUAUUUAAAAUUACUGCACAGAGACUGGGCUAUGUUUUUUUCCAUUUGCAGGUACUUCGAUGUGACUGAGUGUAACGAUAGCAUAAAUAUUCGUGGUGGCAUCACCUCGCUUGUCCAAGGCAGAAGCAGCCACCACACGGAAUCUAGGCCUGUGGCUGCCGUCGCCUGGCACGGGAAUGCUCACGCCUGUGUCUCCUGGGCAUCUGAUGCUUCUUCUGAAUCACUGAAUCAGGUCGUGGUGUCCCAGGAGAGCCACGCCACACCCCAGACCAGCAGCCAGCCUUCCCCCCAAGCUCCUCACGGCCUGGUAGAUUAUGACACCUCGGAUGAUUCCGAAGUAGAGUCCACAGACCCAUGUUUAGCUAAGAGUAAACAGACACCUUUACACCAAGAAGCAAUGAAGAAAGUUCGGAGCGCAGUUGGAACAAGUAGGCAUCAAAGAGAACUUAGCCUGGAGCUUCAGCCAAGGCCUGUGGGUCCCAAAGACUCGAGUACUCCUUCCUCUGUUGAUCGUGAGAUGACCCCAAAUAGCAUUGUCUGUGAAGUGGGAACAUCUCACAGGACAAUGAAAUGCUUCGAAGAGCUACAAGGUGCCAUUUCUCGUUUGCAGAACAAAAAUCUUUUCCCGUAUAACCCAACCGCACUUUUGAAGUUGUUAAAACAGACUGAGAUAAUAUGUAAUAAAAGUAUGAACCCUUUGUGA